AUUAAAUCAAUUUUAUUCAAAGUACUCGAAUAAUUAUAUAGCAUUAUUUCUUCGCUUAAUACAAGGCGAAAUAGUAGUACGCCGCCAACAACGGUCCGCUAAAUCCGUCCCUCUCGCUACAAAUGGAUAAAACGCCGACCUGUCGGGACUUCCCGAAGGAGGGCUUCCAGAAACAUCCGGCCGACGACGGCGACGGCUUCGAGGACGGCCCGGACAUGGACGCCUACGUCGCGCAGCUCCUCGACUCCGACGAGGACGACGCCGCCGCCACCGGCGCCCUGCAGCGCUACGACACCGGCGACCCGCAGUUCCUGCAGCACGCCCUGGCCGACAUGCGCCAGCUGGACAUCCUCCUGGAGGAGCGCUUCCACCGCGAAGCCCGCAUCCGCCACCAGCGCAAACAACAGCUGCACACCCUCCGUCAGACGCUGUCCGAGUACCCGGUGCCGGAGAGUCUCCGGCAGGAGGACCGCUCGGAGGUCGACAACACCCGGAAGUUUCUGUCGGCCACCGCGCUCCAGGAGGAAGUCCUCGGGGGGCUGGAGACGCCGGCGUCGGCCGGGACGAGUUUGUUUGGAGGCUCGCGGUCGGAGGGGUCGCUUUCGGUUCCCCGGCGGAUCACCGACUCCGAUUUGGAGGAUUGUGAGAAGGAUUGGCCGUUGGUCCCGGUGCCGGAGGGGGAUGACCUCCAGGAAGCGGAAGAACCGGACGCGGAGGUCCUGGCGGAUGAUCUCCCAGAUCCCGGAGCUCCUGUUAACGAGGCUGUAAAAUCUCCGGCGUUUUCCUUCAAUUUUGAAGCGACGCUUCCGAAAAUCGACCAUGUUAAGCGGAAUAUUCAGUGCGCCGGGAAGUACUACACACCGGAGGAGGAGUCCCGGCUGGAUGAGCUCCUCCAACCGGAAGACCCCGAAGAGUCCGGCGCCGUGACCCUUUCCCACACUAACCCGUUCGAGCUGAUCGACGCCGACCUCCGGACGCUGCGUAGCAUCGAGGAGUCCCUGACCGCCAUCCGGCGGAAAGGUCAACCGGCCGAUGACCCCCCGCCGGACUCCAGCAGCAUCGCCAGCACCUCCGAGGCCGCAAACCUCCCCUUCGGCUUCUACCAGUCCGCCCGCGAGGAAAACGAAGCCGUCCGCCGGCGCUUCACCGCCAUCACCGACCGCCUGGAGGCUCUCGAAGCCCAGGAGCGCCUGAUGCUGACGCGCGUCCUGGCGGACCCGGAGGCCGUCGGGCCGCUGGCGGAACGCGCCGGGAUCGAGGACGCCCUGGCGAGCGCGCGGGCGGAGCUGACCGUGGAGCACGGGCUGGCGCUGGUCCCCUUCGUCACCGAGCAGCAGCUGCAGUGGCUUCUGGGGCCGGUGCCGCGGCUGCGCUCGGCGGAGAAGUUCCCGACCGCGCCGCUGGCGACGUGGCGGGCGUGGCUGCAGAAGCGGGAGGAAUCCGUGAGCUUUUUGUCCGGACUGGAUGAGGCCGCUGCGGCGCGGCCGGUGGAUCGGGAGGUGGCGGGGAUGGAGGAGGAGUUCCGGGUGUUGGUGGAGGAUGUCAAGGAGGUGGCCGACAAGGUCGACCGGCUCAUGCAGAACAACCGGGAUUUUUUUAACGAGUGCAGUAAACUGCAGCGGGAAGAUGUGCAGUGACGACGUUGGUUUCUCGGCGUUGCCGGUAAUGAAGGGUGUUAUGGGGAUGCGGCGGCAGUGUGCGGGGCCUGCAGACGACGAGCGUGACGGGCUUCUACCGCAUCGAGGUGGAAUUCGGCAAGUACGAGAACAUCAACGGCCAUCUGCACAACACGCAGAGCUGCGACGAGGUCAC